CAUUUGGUGACAACUUGACCGAAAUUAACAUGACACAGCAAGAUAUAGACAACAACAUUAGGAAGAAACUAAAAGUCGCCAUGACACAGCUGGACAAGGCGGAGGCCAUGUUGUCUCACCUGGUGUCCGACAUCGCUCCUGGUCUGAGAAUCUCUAAGACGAUCGCCGUCCCUAACCUCACGAGGCACCAGGUACAACAGGCUGUCUCUGAUGACUUACAGCUCACACAGGACCUGUGUCGGUGUCUUGGAACAGUAGAACCUGCCGACAUCCCUGGUCUGUGUCUCUGCUCUGAUCAGACAGGUGAGGUCAGUAGCGAUGGUCUGAAGGAGAUGGAGAACUGGUGGCAGCGACGUGUGACUGAGGCUGGACCUGACAGUCACAUGACCUGUCACGUGUACAAGACAUUGGUAGCACGGUUCUGCGGUCCGGCGACAACAGUGACUGUCCCAUGCACGUCUCCCCCACGUCUGAGGGUCAAGACCCUGGGUCAGGCCGUGUCGUGGACAGGACAGUGCUACACUGCUGUCAUAACUUUAUUCCCGGAACAGGUUCACCUGCUCAACAUGUCACCUCCCAGACUCUUUGUGGCCGGACCCCCCGGCACAGGUAAAACUUUAGUGUUGAUGCUGAUGGGCACAGAAUGGCUGCGACUGGACCACGAGGUCUUCAUUGUGAGUACUGUGUGGAGGAGUCGUGCAGCGUGCUGCAUGCUGUACCACCUGCUGCAGCAAUCAUUAAACACACGAAGGACUCAAAUGACAGAUGAAUCAUCAGCCCGUCAGCUUCAUCUCCUGCAGUUUGAUUUGAAAAGGGAUGAAGAUGUAGAGAAGGCCGUCAACGACUUGUCACAGGCGACGAGAGGAGGGUCGUUACACGUCAUCGCCGAUGAAGUGGAAGGGACUUCAGUGCCUUCUGCAACAAGCUGCUGACACGUGUCCCUCGUCUCCAUCUUUGGGCGGCAAGUUGUUUCCAUGACUACGCACCCUCCGGCUGGCAAGUGGAAUCGUUGACCAGACCCCUCCGCUCUC